AUGAUAACAAAUUUAAUUAAUAAAUAUUUAAUAUCAACAAGAUCAUAUUUAUCAAGUGGUAUUUUAUUUAUACUUUUAAUAUCAAGUUCAAUAGCAUAUAGACAAACAAAACAAAUUGAUAUAUGGUUUAGUUUAUUUUGUUUUACAAUUAUAUUUCAAAAUUUUUGUUUUGCAUAUUUAUUAAAUUCAUAUUUAGAUUAUUUAACUGGAUCAGAUUAUGUAAAGAGUGAAAUGGAUAGAACACUAUUCAAACAUAUAACAUUGGGUCAAUUGAGGGGAUUCAUAAAGAUACCUUUGAUUUUAAAUGUACUACUUUUAAUAAUAACUUAUAGAUGGAAAGGGUUAAACACAUUGUUAAUGAUUGCAUUUUUAGAUUUCUUACAAAUUAUUGGGGUUUGCAUUUACUCACCAUCAAAACACUAUGCUAUGGGUCAUUUGGUUUUUAGCUUUGUACAUUAUAUUAAUAUUUGGAUUUUCUAUUAUUCAAAUACUAAACAAUUUCCAUCAUUCAAUUCUUCCGAUCCUUUCAUUUAUUAUAGUUUUUAUUUUUUACCUGUAAUUCUUCAAUCAAUUCAUGCAAAUUAUCAUAGAGAUAUUGAAAAUGAUAAAAAAUCUGGUAUUUUAACAAUUGCAAUCUUAUUAGGUAAAAAGUUUUCUUUAGUUUAUUAUUUUUUAUUAUAUAUUGGUGGUUUGAUUUAUUUAAUAUUUUUAAUGAUAAAAUUUAAUAAUAUUUUCUUUUUAUUACCAUUUGCAACCAUAUCAUUAAUUAAUGAACUAUAUGGAAAUAUCGAUUUAUUAAAUGUUCAAACAACUAAAAUUCAUUUUUUUUCUUUAUUUUUAUUUUCAAUAGCAAUUUUAUUGGGUGGUAAAAAAUAA